UUAUUUAUUUAGCUCUCCAUCCCUUCUUCUGAUAUCUGCAGAGAACUUAAACGUAAUUCAAAUCUCACCGGCCGGCCAUUCUUCGUUGCGCUUUCUUCUAAAUAAGUUCUGACUCGCUAAUCGUGAUUUAAAAUCAAAACUAACAUCUGACCUUCGGACCUUAUUAUUAACCAGAUAAAUACGAAAAAUCAACAGUUUUAAUUGAACGAACAAGUAAAAAAUCGCAGAAGAUUAAUAAUUAUAAUUUGGAAUAAUUAAAAAUGGAGUCGAAAAAUAAAAUAAUUAAAAUGAAUAAUGAGUCCACUUACGAGUGGAAUAUGCUGAUAAGCUCAGAAAAAAAACAACUGAGCUCCAAUUUAUAUGAAAUAAAAUCUUCGCCCGGAUUAAAUUUUUGCAUCUCUGCUGAAAUAAACUCUCCGAGUACUUUGCUGAAAUUAAAAAUCAUGAAAACUUACACAAAAUCAGCAAUAGCGACUAUCGAAUUAAAAGUCGCGGAUAUUCCGCCGAUAAUCAAAGACGUCUCUGAGUGGAAGGAUAUUGUUGAAUUUGACAAAAUUCAGAUCCCUUUUGCUACUGACGAUUGCCAGAAAAAUAACUGGAAUGUUUGUAAUUUAACAGCUCCAGACAGCCAUGUAUAUCGGAUUAAAAUCCUUUGUUCAGUAAUUUGGUACGGAUUCAAAGAUGAAUUAUUGUCCCCGAACUUGUUUGAAGACAUACGGAAAUUUCAUGGCAAAACUGAGUACAGUGACAUUAUUAUUUGCGUAAAAGAUAUUGAAAUUUCUGCUCAUAUAAUUAUACUGGCGUCCCAGAGUCCGUUAAUUGCGGAAAAAAUUUUGGCCGCUGAAUCGAGUGAAGAUUCUAAGGAUCGGCGCAUUUAUCUUGAGGGAGAAUAUGAAAUAGACGUUAUUAAUGAACUGAUGAUCUUUUUAUACCACGGUAGGCUGGAAAAAGCUCACUAUGAUUAUAAUAUUGUUUUGCAGUUAUUUCAUGCUGCUAGUGAUUUUAUGUUUGUUAAAUUAAAGGAUGUUUGUGGAGUUAUAUUGAGCAAUAAAAUUACUGUUGAUAAUGUACUGAUGCUCCUAGAGAUCGCGAGAAAAUAUAAUUCGGUAAUAUUGCAACAGCGUGCUAUGACAUUUAUUAUUAAUAAUAGAAAAUUGUUGUUUUCUAAAUGUUUUUAAAUUAAAAUUAUCGAUCA